AUGCCUCAACCACUCAGUGCCAAAGACCAAACGAACUUCCGCAAUGUCGUUCGUGCCUAUGAAGACAAGCAGUACAAGCGUGGCCUCAAAACGGCUGACUCGAUCCUGAAAAAGAACCCAAAGCAUGGCGACACCAUGGCUAUGAAGGCUUUGAUCCUCAAUGGACAGCUGAAGACCGAUGAAGCCUUUGCACUGGCGAAGGAGGCCCUCAGCGCCGACUUCAAGUCCCAUAUUUGUUGGCACGUGUAUGGACUCUUAUACCGCGCAGUCACGAAUUUCGAAGAGGCGAUCAAGGCAUAUAAGAUGGCGCUUAGGUUCGAGCCCGAAUCUGCCCAGAUCCAGCGUGAUCUGGCUAUCCUUCAAAUCCAGAUGCGUGACUACCAGGGUUAUAUCCAAAGCCGGCAAGCCAUGCUGCAAGCCCGGCCUGGGUUCCGACAAAGCUGGACGGCUCUGGCAAUUGCGCAUCACCUCGCUGGGGAUCUGGCUGAGGCUGAGAAUGUGCUCAGCACGUAUGAAGGCACACUGAAGUCAAAACCGUCACGUUACGAUCUUGAGCACUCUGAGGCAGUGAUGUACAAGAACUCCCUCAUUGCAGAACAGGGCGACUACCAACGAGCAUUGGAGCACCUGGAGGAAGCUGCUAAGCAGAAUCUGGAUAGACUGGCCGUCAUGGAGUGCCGGGCAGAAUACCUUGCGAAAUUGGGAAGGCGUGAGGAAGCUGCAAGUGCCUACAGGGCUCUCAUCGAGAGAAACCCUGAUCUCCAGAUCUACUACGAAAAGCUCGUUGAAGUCCUAGGUAUUAGCGAGGACAAUACGUCCGAGCGCAAGGCCGUUUACGAUGAGUACGCAUCCAAGUUUCCCCGCUGUGAUACUGCGAAACGAGUACCGCUGGACUUCUUGCAAGGCAGCGAAUUCAGAGCCGCAGCUGAGGCUUAUCUCACUCUCAUGCUCAACAAAGGCGUGCCUUCAACAUUCGCCAACCUCAAACACCUUUACGCCGACGAAUUCAAAAAGAACACACUACGGGAAUUGGCGGAGGAAUACGUCAAGUCAGAAGGCAUUGACAAGGAGAGCAAGGAUAAGGGCGAAGCCGCCGGUUUGUUCUACUUGGCACAGCACUACAACUAUUACAUGAGCCGAGAUCUGGACAAGAGUCUGGAUUAUGUGGAAAAGACGAUUGAGAAGGACCCCAAAAGUGUCGAUUACCAUAUGACAAAGGCCAGGAUAUUUAAACACCAGGGCGAUCUAUCGAAAGCAUCAGAAAUGAUGGAUCACGCACGAAAGCUGGACCUCAAGGACCGCUACAUCAAUAGCAAGGCGGCGAAGUAUCAGCUCCGCAACAACGAGAACGAAAGGGCGCUCAAAACGGUGGGGUUGUUCACACGCCAGGACACAGUCGGUGGCCCAAUGGCAGAUCUUUUAGACAUGCAAUGCGUGUGGUUCUUGACGGAAGACGGCGAGGCGUACGCCCGCCAGGGGAACGUUGCAAUGGCUUUGAAGCGGUUCCAGGCCGUUGCGACCAUCUUCGACACAUGGCAAGAGGACCAAUUCGAUUUCCACAGUUUCUCGCUGCGAAAGGGGCAGAUCAGGGCCUACAUCGAUAUGAUGAGAUGGGAGGAUCAUAUCCGCGAUCACCCAUUCUACUCCCGUGCGGCUCUGGCCGCCAUCCAAGUAUACCUCAAGCUCGCGGACAAGCCGUCGUCGAAUGGCGUAAAUGGAAACGGAGAGGACGAAGAUGAAGCAUUGGCAAAGAAGAAGGCUGCGAAGAAGGCUAAGAAGGAACAGCAGCGUAUGGAGCGCGAGGCUGCUGAGAAGCAGGCCAAGCAAGACCCGAACAAAGGCACGAAGACCGACGACGAGCCUAAAAAGAAGGACGAAGAUCCCAUGGGCUUGAAACUGGCAGCGACUGAGGAUCCUUUGGGCGAGGCAAUCAAACUUCUCGAACCACUGCUUGAGGUCUGUCCCAAGAGCAUCGAGGCACAGCACGCUGGAUUUGAAGUUUACAUUCGUAGGCAGAAACACCUGCUGGCACUUCGUUGCCUUAAGGCUGCGGCCAAUAUUGAUGCCGAGAGCCCGAGGGUUCACGAACAGACCAUUGCUCUCCGGCACGCCCUCAAUGGAGCCACCGACGUACCAGACAAGGUGGCGCAAGUGCUCAAGGAGGAAUUCAACCUUAUUCCAGCUUCGGCCAAUCUUCAGGAGACCAACGACCAUUUCUUAGCGCAGCACAAGGACAGUCCCGAGCAUGUCCUCGCAGCUAUCAGAGCGAAGAAAAUCCUUGGUGAAGACCGAAAGAGCACCGACAAGCAAGUCAUCGAGAUGCUGGACUUGCCCAAGACGAGGUACAACGAUGCGAUCAGCGCACUGCAAACCUUGCAGCAGUGGCGGAGCCCCGAGGAGGACGCUUUCAAGAAGGCAGCCCAAGCCAAGUUCCCCGGCGCUACUAGGUUUUCGUAA